AUGAAUAAAGCUAUCCUCUUUGCUACUCUUUUGCUUAGUGCAUCCCUCGUCAUCUGUUAGUAAUAACAGUCUAACUAAAAUAUAUCUAACUUAGCACAAUAGAAGUAAGAAAACUUUAACUAAUCUGGCCUACAUGAAAUCAAUACUGAAGUCUUAUCUUAACUCUUGAAUUAAGACAAAUCUCUACGUUUCCUUUAAAGUAAUAACCAAAACAACAACAAUAAUUAGAAAAACCAAAAUAACAACAAUAAUAACUAGAAUAAUAAUGGUUAAAAUAAUUAGAAUAACAAUGGUUAGAACAAUUAAAAUAAUCAUAAUGAUGGUUAAAAUAACUAAAAUCACAAUAACAACAAUGGUUAGAAUAAUUAGAACAACAAUAAUGGAUAGAAUAAUCAAAAUAACAAUCAUGGUUAGAAUAAUCAAAACAACAAUAAUGGUUAGAAUAACAACAACAAUGAUGGUUAGAAUAAUUAGAACAACAAUAAUGGAUAGAAUAAUCAAAAUAACAAUAAUGGUUAGAAUAAUCAAAACAACAAUAAUGGUUAGAAUAACAACAACAAUUAAAAUAACUAAAAUAACAAUAACAACAAUGGUUAGAAUAAUUAGAACAACAAUAAUGGAUAGAAUAAUCAAAAUAACAAUAAUGGUUAGAAUAAUCAAAACAACAAUAAUGGUUAGAAUAACAACAACAAUAACAACAACAACAAUUAAAAUAACUAAAAUCACAAUAACAACAAUGGUUAGAAUAAUUAGAACAACAAUAAUGGCUAGAAUAAUCAAAACAACAAUAAUGGUUAGAAUAACAAUAACUAGGAUAACAAAAAUGAUUAGAAUAAUCAAAAAAAUAAUAACAGUUAGAAUAACUAAAAUAACAGCAACAAUAAUCAGAACAACUAAAAUAACAAUAACAACAAUAGCUAGAAUAAUUAGAACAACAAUAAUGGAUAGAAUAAUCAAAAUAACAAUAAUGGUUAGAAUAAUAAUAACUAGGAUAACAAAAACAAUAAUAAAAAUGACUAGAAUAAUCAAAAAAAUAAUAAUGGUUAGAAUAACUAGAAUAACAAUAACAACAACAACAACAACAGCGAUAAUCAGAAUAACUAAAAUAACAAUAAAAACAAUGGCUAGAAUAAUUAGAACAAUAAUAAUGGAUAGAAUAAUCAAAAUAACAAUAAUGGUUAGAAUAAUCAAAAUAAUAAUAAUGGUUAGAAUAACUAAAAUAAUCAUAACGAUGGUUAAAAUAAGGGAUAAAACAAUUAAAAUAAUAACAACUAAUAGAACAACCAAAAUAACAAUGGCAAUCAACAAUAAAAUAAUUAGAACAACAAUAACAAGAAUGGUGGUAAAUGA